AUGAUUAUUUUGCGAGACCGAAGCGAACGAGACAAGGUGCUGGUUGUGUUAGCAGACGAGUUGGACUACUUGUUCACGAAAAACCAACACGUUAUUUACAAACUGUUCGACUGGCCGAGCGAUCCGCACUCCCAGCUCAUUGUGAUUGGAAUUUCGAACACAAUCGAUCUUCCUGAACGAAUUAUGAACCUUCGAAACAUUAGCCGACUGUCGAUGAAUCGUGUGAUGUUCAAACCGUAUAACCGGGAACAGAUCUCCACGAUCAUCUCCAAUCGAUUGAACGAACUUACCGUUUUCACACCGGAAGCCAUCGAUCUGUGUAGUCGAAAAGUGAGUGCGGUGAGUGGAGACAUCCGGCGCGCUCUUUCCAUUGCUCGCAGAGCGAUUGAGAUUGCGCAGCAGCAAAAGCUAGAACGGUAG